CCAGGGGAGACAGCCGCAGGGAGGCGGAAGGAGCCCGCGACGAGGCUGGGCGCGGAACGAUGGCGGCCAUGGCGGUCUCGGAGCCCGGGUCUCGGAGCUGGUCCUUGUGUCCCGAGGUGCCAUCCGCCACCUUCUUCACCGCGCUGCUCUCGCUGCUGGUUUCCGGGCCCCGCCUGUUCCUGCUGCAGCCGCCCCUGGCGCCCUCGGGCCUCUCGCUGCGGUCCGAGGCCCUGCGCAACUGGCAAGUUUACAGGCUGGUCACGUACAUCUUUGUCUAUGAGAAUCCAGUCUCUCUGCUGUGUGGUGCCAUCAUCAUCUGGCGCUUUGCCGGCAGUUUAGAGAGAACCGUGGGCACCGUCCGCCACUGCUUUUUCACCGUGAUCUUCGCCAUCUUCUCCGCUAUCAUCUUCCUGUCGUUUGAAGCUGUGUCCUCGCUCUCGAAGCUGGGGGAGGUGGAGGAUGCCAGAGGCUUCACCCCAGUGGCUUUCGCCAUGCUGGGGGUCAACUCUGUCCGCUCUCGGAUGAGGAGGGCCCUGGUCUUCGGCAUGGUUGUGCCCUCGAUGCUGGUGCCGUGGCUCCUGCUGUGUGCCUCGUGGCUCAUCCCCCAGACCUCCUUUCUCAGUAAUGUCUGUGGACUUGGGAUUGGGCUCACAUAUGGCCUCACCUACUGCUAUUCCAUCGACCUCUCAGAGCGGGUAGCACUGAAGCUCGACCAGAAGUUCCCCUUCAGCCUGAUGAGGAAGAUUUCAGUGUUCAAGUACAUCUCAGGCUCUUCAGCCGAAAGAAGGGCCGCCCACAGCCGGAAGCUGAACCCUGUGCCCGGCUCCUACCCCACGCAGAGCGCCCACCCUCACCUGUCCCCGAGCCACCUUGUCGCCCAGCUGCAGCACGCCAGCGGCCAGAAAGUAGCCCCCUGGCUGGCCUGCCCCCCGGGGCACGCGCCCAGCCUGCCCCCGUACCAGCCCGCGUCCGGCCUGUGUUACGUGCAGAACCAUUUCGGCACGACCCCUAACUCCUUGGCCGUCUACCCGGCUACCGCGGGUGCCUCCCUGGGAGUCCAGCCCCCCACCCCUCUCAACUGCCCUGGCACUGUGUAUUCUGGAACCCUGGCCGUUCCAGCGGCUGCAGGCUCCAAGGAGUGCUCCAGGGUCCUGAUCCCCUGAUAGAGAAUCUCUGGGGAAGUUCUGUCCCAUGUCAGCUCUCUGCAGAAGGUCUUCUCCGAGCUGAGCUAAGAUUUUCUUGACGAAAAAUUAUUUAUCAAACACCUCUAUGUGCCAGGCUCUGUGUCGACUAUUUUGAUAUAUACCCAAUUUCAACCCCGUUCAUCCUCACGACAACUUUGUGAAGUGCGAUUUAUCAUCUCCAGUUUACAGACGUGGAGGGUGAGGCGCUCUGCGGUCACGUAAAGUCACCUAGUUCUUCGUAGUGGCACACCCGGGCUUCUGGGGUCCAGGCCCGCGGCCCUUCCCACCUGCCACCUUGCCUCCCAGAAGAACGCCUGGGAGACGGGGGUCGGCAGUGGCCACCAGCGGCUGGUCCUGGCUCUGCGUUUCCUUCCUUUGUGUGUGGUGCUCUUGGUUCUAGUGCCCUCGUGUCUGUGUCUGCCCUUCAGGAGCUCCCCGCCGGCGUGCGGGACAGUCCCCAGGCCGGUGUAGUAUUUCUCUCCGAUGGCGGCCCGGCCCCAGGGGCGGUGAGACGGACCAGCAUGAGCCACCGCAGGCUGCUGAUGGGUCCGUGGUGUUGAUUACCUUUGUAUAAAGAAACAGCCUCCAACCUGC